ACUCCAGCCCAAUCACACUGAAAGAAUCCUCAUUUUCCUUGACCUUCCAAGCUUAUCCUAUUCAGCAGAAGCCUAGGCUUGCCAAUACUGUUCAACUUACACUAUGUUUAUUUUUCACCCUUUGGUGUUAUUUCAGGUUUUAAUCCCAUGCCAAUUACUAGGAUUAGUCUUGGUAGCCCUUUUAGUCAUGGUUUGUUUCCUUAAGAGCUGACCUUAAGACAAGUCACUUGGUUCUGCAGCAAGUACUCAGGAAGAACAAAUCUUAUUUAAAUCAGGAGGAAGACAUGCUUUUCCUAGUGCAGUGCCAUUAUUAGUGAAUUCAUCAAUCUGCUUCAUGACUGUAUUUCUGAGGCAUAACUGAUCUCUAAAGGAGAUUUCUUGUGUACAAGUAUCUUGCUUUGCAGCUGGUCAGACAUGGCACCUUUGGUAUGUAAUACAUUUAUCAAGAUGUGAUAGUCACCAGCAGAUUCUUUUUCUGGAACAUAAGGGAGCUUAUUUAAAUGUGGUUCUGGUUGAUACAAAUUAGAACAUAUAGAAUACUUUGUGGCCUCUGUAGUCAUUAAGAAACACAUCAGAAAUGAAAAAAAAAAAUCAGGCCAAGGAAUACAAGAAUAUACAGCCUCAUACAGAUGUAGGAUUUUCUAGUAUGGCCUAAAUAUAAUACAUAAAGUAGUAUGUAUUUCCUGGAUUAUUUUUUAUAUAAAGCAGUUUCAACUAGCAAUGACCUAUAAAGUGCAUGUCAAACAGAGCUGGUGCAUAGAAAUGACUGAGGUGUGUGGAAAGAGUGGGGGGCCUAAGGGCUGAUAUCUGUAGUAAAAUCAUACUGGCUGCCGUAGGGGCAAGAUUAGAUCCGUAAGCAGCAAAUUAGAUGUGUUCAUUUGAAGACUAAGUGCACUUCUUAUUUCAGGGUAGAAACAAAUUUUACCCCAUGAUAAGUGCCUUGGAAUUGUUAAAUCUUUUCAUAUAAUUACACCAUUUGUUGCCCUUUGAGAAGGACACAAAAAGUAUAGACUGAGGUAAGUAGGUCAUUAGCUAAAGUAUCUAAUUUAUCUUGCAUUCUUCAGACACUAACUCUGAGCUGAUAGUUUGAAAAGCAAAAGCAGCUUUGCGGGGUUUGUUAAUAGCAAUGAACCAAACGUGCUGCUAGGACUGGGCUAGAGGAGCUAAGAACUACAUUUAAUUAUCAAAUCAAUGUCAAUUAAAAUUGAACUCAAUGAUUCAAAAUUAAUUAUAUAGGUCACAAAAUGAGUGCAGCCAAAAAGCAAAUUAUUAUGUCAAUGUAUUGAGGUAAGUCAAUUCUUUAAAUAAAAAUCAGAAAUAACAAUAGAGUUUUAAGUCCCAGUUAUGGGUGUUUUCCAAAGUAGAGAAAUUAAGAAAAUUGACUCAAGCAAUUAGUGUUCAAAACAAGUUACUAUACUUCAAAGUAACCUGCUACCCUCUUUUAACCCUCUCCUUUCCCCAUGGCCUGAAUCAGACAGCUGGAUUUACCAACUUUCAUUUCUCUCUAUAGCUGGCAGAGUCAAACUGGCAAGCAACUGAGUCUUAAGUUCACCUGCUGCAUUCACCAAGGUACAAUUUCCAGGUGACAAAGUUGCUGUGAUACUGCAGGUCAUGGGUGAGGUAUAAAAAGCCCUCAGAGCAGGAUAAGGCUUUGUACCAAGCACUGCUGAGCUGCAGAGGGGGAGAUGCACGAGGAAGCAGAAGGAGCCAGCUGGGAUGCCAUUUUGCAGAAAAGCGGCUCUGACGGAGAGUUCCAGAGGGCAGAGGACGGGAUGUCUAAUGCUGGACCUUCCGCGGGCGGGCCGGUCCAGAGGGGCGGCAGGGGGUGGCAGCGCCGUGUCCGGCAGAGGGAGCGACAGUGGCAGCGGUGCUUGGGACCGCCCCGGCGCCCAUUGGCUCGGCGGCUCCAUAUGGGGCUCGGCGCGGCUCCAUAAAGGCAGCCCGUCCGCCCGUCCGUCCGUCUGUCCCCGCCCGGCCAUGCCCUCGUCACCGCCCGCCCUGCCCUUGCUCCUGGCUGCCUGCUGCCUCUGCGCCCUCCCGCGGGGCUCAGGGUUCCCGCAGCCUUUCUCGCGCUACUGGGACGGUGUGGAGCUGCCCCAAAAACAGCAACUGGCACUGUGUUUCAGUCAGUGGAUGGAAAUGUCCAAUGAACCCCAGAUAUCCAGCUCUGUUUUGGAUCUCUGUUAUUCCAUAUUCAACAGCAUGCAUAAAAAUGAGGAAUCACAGAUUGCUUCUGCAAAGUUUACAAAGAAGGACAGUCAUGGGACUCUGGGACGGCCUUUUUUCCUUUUCAGGCCUCGAAAUGGAAGAACUAUCAAAGGCAGUGAAUACCAUGGAAUAUGAAGUUCAUGAGUUGAUUUACCAGCUUGAUGACUUGGUUUAUAUAAAGAAAGGAAACUUCCCAUUGCACUGGUUGUCUAUUAUGUGAC